CUCACUUCUUCACUACGCCCCACCCCACCCCACCCCACCCUACCCACCCCCAAAGCUCUCUCUGCAAAUUCAAUUCUCAUCAAUGGAGUCUACUGAUUCAUCACUAUUGAACACAUUCAAAUCAAAGAAGAAACUUCAAAUCGGAUCAUCCGACCCGAAUGCAUCCGGGUCGGAUCCAAUUUCGAAUCCAUGGAGUUCCAAAACCCCCGAAAAGCCAAUCAGUCGUCCUCCUCCUCUUCGCCGGACCCGGAAUCGGAAUGCUGCAUUUUCACUCAAGGAUAUCCGACAAGCUGCACUGAACCUCCGGAAACCCGACCCGACCCGACUCGAUAAGUCUUCCAGCUCUAUGAAAACUCAAUUGGAUGCUUCGUCUGUGAAAUUGAAGAAGCCUGUAGAUCCAGUAAAGCUACCUGAAAAGUACGAAUUGUUGGAUAAAUUCUUCAAUAGCUUGGUUAGUUCGAUUCAGUUGCUACAGUUGAAGGGUUCAUCGACAACAUUUACAAACAUUAGUGCUAAAGUGGAGUGCCUAUCAGAUAGGAGGUUUACUUACAAUCACUUGGCACAGCUGAAGUUUCUUUUACCUGAGGCUAUUGAGAUAAAAAAGAUGCUUGUACUCGAUGAACGGACAAGCUGUAUGAAGCCUGAUCUUCAUAUUACGUUAAAUGCUAAUGGAGUUGAAGUUGAUGAGAAGUUGAAAUUCUCUAGUGUUUCCGAUAAACUGAGGAAAGUGUUCCUCAACCGGAUUUUGGAUUUCGCUAAAUCCCACCCUGAGGGUGAUGACAUUCCUGAGGAAGCUCUACCAGGAGCAUUCGGUGUGUCUAAACCAGAGGUCUUAACGAACUCGUCAAGUCCUGCAGGAGCACCGUUGAUGGAGGAGACAUCAAUUAGCUCGAUGCAGAAGCCGCCAGAAGCUGUAUCUCAUCUGUCUCAAUCUUUCAGGAGAUCCUUUUCUCAUCGAGCAUCAGUUGGCAAAUUAGAGAAUGCAAAGCAACAUCCGACAGUUACUUCUUCAGAAACCCAGAUUGAUAAUUGUUCCACCAGCAUCGCCUCUAAAGCUGCCGAUGAAACUCCUUCCAAAUCGCCUUUGACACAAACUAGGUCCACAAGAUUCUCAACACGACGAGGGGUUCAUUCUGCUACUCAACCUUCAACUCCGUUGAAAAACAUGAAAAGUGAAGAUGGUUCGUGUUUGUUAAGUGCUGAAAGUACUCCAGCAAAACUUGCAUUUACUCCAGCAAAACUGAUGAGUUCUACGCCUUUGCUCAAACCUUCCAAGAGAUGCUGUACGACUCCAGAUGGCGAGUCAACCGAAUCACCUAAGAAGCUAGUUAGGCGCCCCCCUCCUAGUCGGUCAUUGACCUUUAAUACUCCUGUAAAGAGUUCAAAAGUUACAGAAGACGUCAGCAGGAGCAGAGAAUCAUCAACAGAUGAUGAAAUCUUCGACAUUCUUCAGGAGAAUCUUGUGCAGUCGAUAAGAGAAAAAGAGAAGAUGGCACUAGAGGAUCAAGAUCCAGCUCUAUCCCAAGCGAAAUGGCACAAGAAAAUGAUUUCGAGCUUGCCUAAGUUCUUCGACAUGAUUUACUUCCUAUUUAAUUCAAUGAAACGCUCUGUGAUUACUAAAGAGGAGCUUAUGCACAAAGUGAUUUCGAGCAAUCCAGAGAUUGCUGAUAAAAGAGAAGUUGAAAAUCAACUCCGGUUACUGCUAGAAUUCGCCCCUGAAUGGAUCCAUGAAAAGCUGGCGUCUACUGGAGAUGUACUCUUGUGCAUCCGCGAUGCACCAGAUGUUGAAUCAAUACACACAAGAAUAGCCGAGGCAAAGUGAGAGGAAGCAAGGGCAAGGGGAUUUGAAUUCUGCCCCGAGUUUUCCAAGUCGAGUUGUAAAUGAUAGUUUGGCUAACAAGAUUAUUUCGAUACAUUGACUGGUUCUGCAGCAUAUGGCUGCAUCAUUUUGCUAUUCAGUACAGUGCAAUGUCAUUUUAACUGGUUUAGUCAGCAAUAUAGAGCUAAAUUUUCGAAAA